AUGUCCACCGUCGCACCUCUAGAUUCCGACCCCUCCAUGCCGUUAAAACUCAAAGGCGGCCCGAUCCACUUCGGCCCCUUCCUCGUAACCCCACAAGUCUUCCACCAAUCUCCCCUCUCCUUCGCCCUCGUAAACCUCAAACCCAUCCUCCCCGGCCACGUUCUCGUCUCCCCACGGCGCGUCGUCCCCCGCGUCUCCGACCUUACCGUAACAGAAACAUCCGACCUCUUCCUAACAGUCCGGCGCGUCGGCCGAAUGAUCGAGCGGGUGUACGGUGCCACAAGUCUAAACAUCGCGAUUCAGGACGGCAAGGAAGCUGGACAGAGUGUACCGCAUGUCCAUGUGCACAUUAUUCCGCGGCGGCGGAGGGAUCUGAGUACCGUUGAUGCGGUUUAUGACAAGUUGGAUGGGGAGGAGGGGGAUUUGCGGAGGGGGUUUGAGGAGCGCGAGGGGGCGUUGAGGGUUGAUGAUGAGGAGAGGAUUCCGAGGACUGCAGAUGAGAUGGAAGAGGAGGCGAGUAUGCUUGCGGCGGAGAUGGAGAAGGAGCCGCUUGACUAA